CUCCUGUGGCUCCCGAUGGGGGCACCUCAGGCAAGACGAGAGCGCCCCUUGAGAUCACCGGACUCUCCUGUGGAGCUGGUGCCAGAGACAGGCCCCAGUUCAGAGGUUGUGGCAGUGCCAGACCCUGAUGGGGGCUGCCGGAAGGGAGCAGCCAUCACUGUUGCCAAGAAGCAGAACUGGGCCCGGUUCUCAUGUGGGGUCCGGGACGAGCCACGUGUCUCCUGUCGCAGGAAGGGCCCCGUCAGUUCAAAAGCCUCCCCAGAGCCCCAGGAUGAAGGUGGUGGGCACAGCCCUGAUGAGAGCCCCCAGAGCCCUGGGCAGCCACGGUUGCUGCCCUCCUCAUCCCACGUGGGGGAGCUGGCUAUGGAUGAGGAGGACGGGGGACCCGGUGAAGGUCCCUUGUGGCCUGACGGCCCCAGGGACGAAGAGGCUGAGUCACUGUGCAGCUAUGCAGAGUUGGGGGCUGCUGCCGGUGCCAUGAAGGGGGCCAGCCACGGUGCCUACCUGCAGAGUCUGGAGCGCAGCAGCCGGCACUGGGUGCUGUCCUCAGGGAAGGCCCUGGGCCCAGAUGAGUCAGCUCCCAGCACCAGGGCAGAGCAGGAGCUGGGUGCCAUGGGCAGCGAGGGCGAGAUCUGGUACAACCCCAUUCCUGAGGAUGAGGAUGUGGUGGGCACCAGGCAGAACACUGAGCCCUGGAGGAGAUGGGGCAGUGUGGCCAGUGCCCAGGAGCCCGACCAGGCCCGGAUGGAGCCACCACACAAGCCCAGCAGUGAGGCGCCCUCCCGGAGCAGGGCCGGGGGUGCAGAGAGCCACAGCGCACGGACAGGGCUGGGACCAGAUGCAGCCAGUCAAGGCAAAGACGAGGGUGCCGGCAGGGCCCAGAGCUGUGGGAAGGCUCCGACGAUGCCAUGCAUGAGUGCUGAAGUAGUGCCAGGUGGCCCGUCGCCUCCACCUAGCCCUGGUGCUGCAAAGAAGGGACGUGCCCUUGGCAGGGCCAAGUCCCCGGGCACUGUGCGCCGCCUCUCCAUGAAGAUGAAGAAGUUGCCCGAGCUGCGGAGGAAGCUGAGCCUGCGCAGCACCCGGACCCGGGGGCCUGAGGCUGAGGGGGGUGGUGCCAUGGGGAGCACCUCGCCCCGGGAUGCCCGCAAGGAGUCUGGCAAUGUCAUCAGCCGUUACCACCUGGACAGCAGCGUGGAGGCCCAGCCAGGGCUGCCCCGUGGCAAGGCAGCCAGCAAGGGUGGCUACCUGAGCGACGGCGACUCCCCAGAGCUCCUGGCCAAGUCGGACAAGCACACUGGGGCUGAGCCAGAGCCAGAGCCAGGGACUGGGCCUGGGCUGGACGUAAGCUCCUUUCAAUCCUACAGCUUUGUGGAGCAGCCCCGCUGCGUGCAGCAGCUCUCCGGCCUCGUGAGUGUGCACCUGUAUGGGCUGCAGGACCUGCGGGCGCUGCGGGCUGAGGCCAGGGAGGUCUUCUGCGUGCUGCAGGUGGAUGCGGCCCACAAGGCGCGCACAGCACUGCUGCCUGGCCAUGCCGCCUUCCUGCGCCUCAACCACACCUUCAACCUGGAGCUGGAGGGUGCCCAGCUGCUCAAGGUUGUCGUCUUCUCCUGGGACCCAGCUGCUGGCCGCAACCGUGUCUGCUGCCACGGCACCAUCAUCCUGCCCCACAUAUUCAGAGGGUCACGGGUGCAGCAGCUGGCGUUGCAGCUGGAGCCGCGCGGCAUCCUCUAUGUCAAGCUCACGCUGGUGGAGCAGUGGGAUGUGCCCAAUGCCCGGGAGCCACGGGUCUUCGGUGUGGAGCUGCGCCAGCUGGUGGAGAGGGAGAAUGCUGUCCUCAAAGUACCCUUGCUCAUCCAGAAGUGUGUGGCCCGUAUCGAGCGAUGUGGGUUGAAGGUCGUGGGGCUGUACCGGCUGUGCGGCUCAGCUGCUGUGAAGAAGGAGCUUCGCGACGCCUUUGAGAGGGACAGUGCUGCCGUGACACUCUCCGAGCAGCUCUACCCUGACAUCAAUGUCAUCACAGGGAUCCUAAAGGACUACUUGAGAGAGCUGCCCACGCCCCUCAUCACCCCCACACUGUACCAUGUGGUGUUGGAGGCCAUGGCACGGCGGCCUCCCCGGGCGGGGCUCAGUGAGAGAGAGGCAAUGGAGACAGUCGCCUUGCUGGACUGCCUGCCUGACAUUGAGAAGGCCACACUGACCAUGCUUCUGGACCACCUCAGCCUGGUGGCCUCCUUCCAUGAUUUCAACCGCAUGCAUGCGCAGAACCUGGCUGUCUGCUUCGGGCCUGUGCUGCUCAGCCAGAGCCAGGACCCACGGCGCCCCGGCGCCCGCAGCUAUGCCCACUGCGAGGACAUUGCCAGUGCCGUCGACUUCAAGAGACACAUUGAGGUGCUGCACUACCUGCUCCAGGCCUGGCCCGCCCCUGAUUGGUUAUUCUGGCUCCCCAGCACUAGGAUUGCAGUGCCUGUGCCCCACAGGACCGAGGGCCCGGAGGGGACCCAGUCCAGCUGCCUACGGCCCAAGCGCCAUCCCGCUCUGCGGCUGGAGCUGCUGGAGAGCCAGGUGGUGGCUCGGCACCGGCCCCGGGGCCUGGAGAGCCCCCCCAGCAAUCGCUAUGCAGGGGACUGGAGCGUGUGUGGCCAGGAGUUCUUGCUGCUGCCAGGGCCGGGGCCAGGAUCGGGGCCAGGAGGUGAGGCUGACUACGACGAGGUGGCUGGUAGUGACAGCGAGGGUGAGGGUGUGGGGCUGGGUAGCCCCAGCCGGACCGUCUUCAUGGGGGACUUUGCACUGGUGGAUGACCCCGAGGCACCAUUCAGCCCCCGCCUCAACCUCAAGGACUUCGAUGCCCUCAUCCUGGACCUGGAGCGGGAGCUCUCCAAGCCCAUCAACGUGUGCCUCUGAGCAGCCAGGACCAGCUGCCCUGGGCUCUGCAGGGCCGCGAGGGAUGGGGAGUGCUGCUCUGAGCUCCUGAGGGACCAAUUAAUUCAGCCAUGUUCCCAAGGGUGCAUGGCCACACCACAGUAUUAGCAGGUACCUAGUGCCUGAGCCAAAGCCAUUUGGAGAGCGACCAAAGGUGCAGCACUUGGCUCUCACUGCCUUUGAUUUGCACAGCACCGAGUGAAGGGGAUGUGGGGCCAGGGGUGCGACCAUGGUGCCAGCAGGGAAGGGCACUGUGGGGCUCUGCUGCCGGGGCAGGGGUAGGCUGGGUGGGGGGUCAUUCGUUGCAGCCUGGUACUGCAGCCAGACUGACAGGGUAAGGUGUUGCACUCUCCACUGGGCAUUUUCCACCCCCACCAGCUCUCACCUGCAACACAUGCCGGGGGGGGGCACAACUCCCUCCUGGGCUCUCACAUGCCCUUUGCCUUUAAUAUGCCAAAGAACCUACCGCGGGCAGACCCGGGCCAACUCGAUGGGCAUCCCCAACCCGACCCUGCCAGCCCUACCAGCGUGUGGCGUGGGUGGCUGACUACAGCAGGACUUGAGGCUCAGGAAAGCACCCCCACGCCAGGCUCCUGGCUUGCCCUUGAUUGGCAGGGUUGUGCAGUGGGCAGCCCCCAGGCAUACAGUUGGUGCUGAGCCCUGAGUGCUGCUGCUCUCUUGCCUGAGCUCGUGGCCAUAUGGGGCAGCCUGGGCCUGGGUGGGGGUCAGCACUGAGGGCCCUGGCCACUCCAGAUGGCACCGUCUUGCGCAGUAUUAGUGAGUACGGACAAGGUUCUGCAACUUUCAUUGCACAUGGGCUCCUGGGGCUGGGCUGCUGUGGGGCUGCUAGGUAGCACCUUGGAGUGGCACUUGUCCCUGCCCCUCUUUCAGGCAGGGCCUCUGCUAGCCCCGUUUGCCCGCUGCCCCAACCCCUCUGGGCUGUGGCUGGGAGGUCUUUGUGGCUCUUCUCUCCUCUGGCUUUGGCCACCCAGCCUGGUGCAUGGCCAACAGAAUACUGGGUGCUGCUCUCUGCAUAGGUGCCUCAGUGAGCCUGGCACGCUCAUCCAUGCCCUGCCCUGAUGAGCCAUGAAGAGGCCAGGCCCCACUGGCUCUACCCAGCACCCUGGAAAGUGGCUGCAGUGUCUCCUCCCUUUCUUAGGGGCAACUCUGGGCUAAGGGUGGCAGGCAGGCCUGGACAGUACCACCCCACAGGGAUGGGGAGUUGCGUAAGUGGGUCAGGGGUAGUGAUGUGUACAGCUGAGAUCCUGGGCAGGAGGCGCCCUGUGAGGCAGUUGGGACACACCCAGCCCAGUGCUGUGCCCCAGGGACCCGGUACGGGAAACCAGCCUUAUUUAUUACUCUGGCUUGUGUGUUUCUGUAGGCAAGGAUGCGUGUGUGUGUUUUGGGCACAAGUGCAAAAGGUGGCAUGUAUGUGAGAUGCGCAUAUGUGUAUUAGUGCACACGUGUGUUUCUAUAUACAUGUGCAAGGAUGUGUGUGUGUAUGUUUGUAUUGGCAAGGAUGUGUACAUGUGUUGGGCACAAAUACAAAACGUUUUAAAUGUGUAUUCAUGCACAUAAGGAUGUGUGAUACAUGCACAAGUGUAUUGGUGCAUACAACGUAUGUGUGUGUGUUUAUGCACCCAUGUGUGCAUUUGUGCACAAGGAUGUGUCUGCAUUAGGAGCUGCUGCCCCCAUCUGACCCACAUGGGGACUGCAUGUGUACAUCUUUUCCUUUUCACGGCAGAAUGUUUCACUCUUCACCAAAUAUUCAGUUACAGGAAGAAAAGCCAAUUUCUUUUUGCUGGGUGAAGGCAGCUCUGACACUGUGAAGACUGUUCUUCUCUCAGUGCCAUGACCAGGCUUUAGCAAUGCCUCUGCACCCCUCAAAAUACAAUCAUGUGGGGCAUGGAGCUAUCCCUGGUAGCAUGGGGGAGCCUUGUGCUGUGGGGCAGACACAAGGAGGGGGUAGUGGUGCCUUGUUCAGUAUUAGUGGGGCAAGAGCAGACUGAUGGUGAAGUGGUGCUGUGGCUUGUCCUGCCAUGAAGGAGGGGCUGGGUGGGGUCCCAGCUGCCAAACAGUGUUAUGGGAGUUGCCAGGUGCCCCCAAGCUGCAUGCUCCCACAGUAUCUAGCACCCCCCUGUGGGGCCACCCCAGUGCUCUCAGCUCUGGGGACGGGCACAGAGGCUCUUCUUCCUGUGUUCUCACCAGGAAGCCCCUGAGCUGGGCUGGGAGGCUGAGCACCCUGGCAGGAUCAUGCAGGAGUUGCCCUGCCUGGCUGCUUUGCAACCAUCACCAGCAAUAAAGGAUGCACUCACCCCUGGAUCUGAUGUGUGUGUGUACUGGGGGCAGGGCUUACUGGGGCACUUGGGAAAGGGCAGCCUGCUCUAGCCACAUCUGGGCCUGCACUGCCUUUGCUUGUCAGUCAGCUUGGCAGUGUGGGAGUUGUGUUAGCUGCCCACUCUGGCUGCUAGGGGCUGCCCUCUCAGGCCUGUGCCUAGCCCAGGUUAAGCUGUUUUUCCCUACCAGGUGCUGUGCUGAGCCCAACUGCCUGGAGCCUUGAGGGAGGCCAGCAGGGGGUGCUGCUGGAGGCUUUGGGGUGGCUAAAUGAACUGAUCUCACUGCAGGGGAGCAGUUGGGGGCAGGGGUGUGCCUGGGUGGGGGAAAAGGCACAAACCCCUUUGUGCUACAGCUGCAUGCAAACAUGGUGGCCUACAGACAGCAUGGGCACCAGGCCAGCCUUUUGGCUCAUUUCAGGAGGCACCUUGAAACGUAGUGAGCCCCCUUGCUCCCCCUGGGGCUGAGCUAGGCACCAGGGUGCCAGGAACCCAGGCUCCUCCCUGGCCCUGUUCCCUGAAUCCUCCCAUGAAGCCCUUGGACUGGAACCUGCUGCUCUGCUUCACAGGUCCCCAGGGAGGGUGCUGGCCAGGCAGGCCUGGGGGCAGUGCUGUGGCUAUAGAUGUCCCUCAAGGACUCAGUCUGGUUCAUUCUCUUUAUUCCUCCAAGCAACUGAUUCAGUGCUGGGCUUCAGUUGGGCAGACAGCUGCCAUUGUCUGUGCCUGUGGGGCUACCAUUGUUUUUUCCAUGUGCAGUGGCCACAGCAACCCAGAGCUCCUACUGCUGCCAGAGAGAUAUGCCAAAGCACAACCAUUUCCUCCUCAGCAGCCCUCAUGUUGGCCAUCUGAUCUGGGCAUGG